CUGUGACGCCACACCCGGGCCAGCGCUGCCCAGGAGACCCAGCAGCCAGGUCCAUGCUUCAGCCAUGCUCCCUGUGGAGGUACCCCUGUCCCACCUGGGCCCCCCAAUACUGCUUCUGCUUCAGCUGCUGUUGCCCCCAACAUCUGCCUUCUUUCCCAACAUCUGGAGCCUUCUGGCUGCCCCUGGCUCCGUCACUCACCAAGACCUGACUGAGGAGGCUGCACUCAAUGUCACCCUUGAGCUCUUUCUGGAGCAGCCACCCCCAGGCCGGCCACGCCUCCGUCUAGAGGACUACAGGGGUCGGACCCUCCUCGCCGAUGACAUCUUUGCUGCCUACUUUGGACCUGGGUUUUCUUCUCGGAGGUUCAGAGCAGCUUUAGGAGAGGUGUCCCGUGCCAAUGCAGCCCAAGACUUUGUGCCAGCUUCCAAGAGCAACCCCGACCUGCACUUCGAUGCUGAACGGUUACUCCAGGGGCGCACUCGCCUGGUGGGGGCCCUUCGGGAAACCCUGGUGGCUGCCAGAGCCCUCGAGUACACAUUGGCCCGCCAGCGCCUAGGGGCUGCACUUCAUGCCCUGCAGGAUUUCUAUAGCCACAGCAACUGGGUGGAGCUGGGGGAGCGGCGGCCACACUCUCACCUCCUCUGGCCAAGGCGGGAGCUCUGGAGCCUGGCACAAGUGGGAGAUGCUACCUGCUCUGACUGUGAGGGGCUGAGCUGCCCUGAGAAUAUAUUGGACUCAACACUGCUCACCUCUGGCUACUUCGGAACACAUCCCCCCAAACCUCCAGGGAAAUGUAGCCAUGGGGGCCAUUUUGACCAGAGCAGCUCCCAGCCACCCCGAGGGGGCAUCAACAAGGACAGCACAUCCCCAAGCUUCUCCCCACACCAUAUGCUGCACCUCCAGGCUGCAAAAGUGGCACUUCUGGCUUCCAUUGAAGCCUUCAGCCUCCUACGAAGCCGGCUGGGAGACAGGGGGUUCUCCAGGCUGCUGGACAUCACGCCAGCUUCCAGCCUGAGCUUCGUCCUGGAUACCACAGGCAGUAUGGGUGAGGAAAUCAACGCAGCCAAGAUCCAGGCUCGCCAAAUUGUGGAGCAGAGACAAGGCAGCCCCAUGGAGCCUGUUUUCUACAUCCUGGUGCCCUUCCACGACCCAGGCUUCGGCCCUGUCUUUGCAACCAGUGACCCCGACAGCUUCUGGCAGAAACUCAACGAGAUCCAAGCCUUGGGGGGUGGAGAUGAGCCAGAGAUGUGCUUGUCUGCCCUGGAGCUAGCCCUGCAGCACACACCUCCCCUGUCAGACAUCUUUGUCUUCACUGACGCCUCCCCCAAGGAUGCUUUUCUUACCGACCGGGUGGAAUCCCUGACUCAGGAGAAGCGCUGCAGGGUGACAUUCCUAAUAACUGAAGACCCGUCGCGGGCUCGGGGUCGGGCGCGGCGAGAGGCCUUGUCUCCUUUGCGUUUUGAACCGUAUGAAGCAAUAGCCCUGGCGUCAGGGGGCGAGGUGAUCUUCACCAAAGACCAGCACAUUCAGGGUGUGGCUGCCAUUGUUGGGGAGAGCGCGGCUGGUCUGGUGACUCUUCCCCUGGAGCCUCCCGUCUUCAUCCCCGGGAAGCCGUGUGUGUUUGCUGUGGAUCAUCUGCUCUGGCAGGUCACAGUCCGGAUGCACGGGGAUAUCAGUAGCUUCUGGAUCAAGAGCCCUGCAGGGGUGUCCCAGGGCCCAGAGGAGGGCAUGGGUCCUCUGGGCAACACUCGUCGCUUUGGGCAGUUCUGGACGGUGACUAUGACCGACCCCCCUCAGACAGGGACUUGGGAGAUCCAGGUAGCAGCUGAGGGAACGCCCCGGGUGAGAGUACAAGCCCAGACCUCUCUGGACUUUCUCUUUCAUUUUGGGAUCCCUGUGGAGGAUGGACCCCACCCUGGCCUCUACCCACUGACUCAGCCAGUUGCAGGUCUCCCGACCCAGCUGCUGGUAGAAGCGACAGGGCUCGUCUCUAGAGAGAAGCUUGUGGAUGGCCAGCCACAGUUUUCCCAUGUCGUCCUUCGAAGGGUCCCAGAGGGCACUCAUCUGGGCCGGGUGUCCUUGGAGCCCGUGGGACCCCCGGAGCGAGGCCUCCUCGCUGCCUCACUACCGCUCACACUGCUGUCUGUCUCUGCACCCUUCUCCCUGGAGCUGGUUGGCCAGGAUGGAGGAGGACAGGGCCUGUGGAGGACUGCCCCCCAGCCUUGCAGUGUGGCCCCCGUGCUUCUGGAGCUCAGUGGCCCGCCAGAUUUCUUGACUCCAGGCAGCAAGGCUGCUCUCAGCCUCCACAUCGCCAGCUUCUCUGGCCCCCAGGAUCUUGAUCUUAGGACAUCUGUGAACCCUAGCUUCUCUCUCACCUCCAACCUCUCCAGGGCUCGCCUGGGACUGAAUGAGUCUGCCUGGGGACGCCUGUGGCUAGAGGUCCCAGAUUCAGCAGCCCCUAAUAGUGUGGUGACAGUGACUGUGACUGCAGUGGGUCAGGGAGCCAGCCAGGUGCCCCCAACCCAUGCUUUCCUCCGGCUCCUGGUGCUGGCCCAGUCCUACAAGGACCAGCCUGAGGCCCCUGCCCACUCUGCUGUCCCCAUGCUGCCCCCAGCCACUCCUGCCUUGCUUCCUUCCACUUUGGUGACUCAGGGCAGAGCUGGGAGAGGGAUGGUGGGCAGAGCCUGGUGGGGAACAGUGGGAGGGGCGCUGUUCCUGCUAGGCUGCACUUCCUGGUAAUACAGGGACAGGACUUCGGGCCCCAUUUUCAGUCUUCCCUUUGGGUGGGAUGGUCACAUGGCUUCAGGGCCCUGUCCUGCCUACCUGGUUUGGGGAUUUUUCUUCUGUCACAUUUGUCCCUUAUCUUUCUUUAGACCAGGCUGGCCU